AUGGGCGCAGAAGCUGAAAAUCAUCAACAAAAAACAGGGUCAAUUCCCAAUCCAAACCCUAAUCCCAAUCCCAUUUCGGAAGCCCAAUUUCUUGCGUGGAAACGCCGCAAGGAUGCUGAUGCUUUGGCAAAAAAGGAUGCAGCAACAAGGAAGCGUGCAGAGGAUAUAGCUGCAGGGCAGGUUCAAAUGAAUGGCCAGAAUCCAGACGGCGAUGGAAGUCCCCAGCAGAAUCGAGGGACUGUCCAGCGGAAAUGGGAACGUUUCCGAACGAAUCUGGCUACAUUGCAGAAAGAAGCCUAG